AUCAGUUCAAAUUGUAUAUCAGACGGUCAGUUCUAUAGUAUUGUUCGAUCAUAUAAUGUCUCAUCAGUACGGCGGAGAGCAACCCUACGGCGGCGGUGGCGGCCGGAGAGACGAGUGGGGCAACCCGGUCGGGCUAACCGAUGAGUGGGGGAAUCCGGUGCACCAAAGGGAUGAGUACGGCAACCCUGUCGUCCACCACGGCACCGGGGGACAGUCACAGUAUUAUGCAAACACUACUGCACCGACGGGGCCGGUGGGCGGGAUGGCCGGUGACUACGGCGGUCAGCACCAUGGUACCAUUGGUGGCAUGCUCCACCGCUCUGGCAGCUCCAGCUCCAGUUCUUCAGAGGAUGAUGGGCAAGGUGGAAGGAGGAAGAAGGGACUGAAGGACAAGAUAAAAGAGAAGCUGCCGGCGAGUAUUGGAGGUCAAAAACAAGGUUACUAUGAUCCAUCUACCGGUGCAACCACCGCUACUACCGGUGGGGCUGCUGGUUAUGGCUACGAAGAGCACCACCAGAAGAAGGGUAUCAUGGACAAGAUUAAGGAGAAGCUACCUGGCGGCUGCACUGGCGGUGGUGCCGGCGGCCAUCAUUAGAUCUGCCUCCAAUGUUCAAGUCAUCGAUCGAAAUUCCAGUAUAGUUAUUAUUGUACUGUAUUAAAUAAUCUGAAUAAGUCGGUUAUGCGGCGCAGUUUGUAUACAAGUCAUGAUAUAAUAUACAGGAAAUAAAUUAAUAAUACAUGUUUAGGUAUAAUCAGUCUAUUGUGUUACUUCAUCGAGCUGGGACUGUACUUAAAUAAAUACUUAGUUAAUUAACGUGUUAUCUUCC